AGAAUUCACAGAAGAGAUAAGCAUGGUGAUACUCUAAUACUGCAGCCCCCUAUUGAAGAUGAUUGAAGUUGCCAUACAUGCAAACCCUUCUUCAUUCUCUUCGCUCCCAUUAUCUCUUUCUACUGCAACCACUAAGAAUCUGAUAAGCAAGACAAGGAGAAUUAAAGCAGCAGCAGACACUUAUAAGAUUCCUGCUACUGUUUCUGCGUCCGCUGGGUCUUUUAAUCAAACAGAUGGUGGGCAUUUUUUUCGUGCACCUAAAAUCAGCGAGAAAAGCACUUUCAAGAAAAGGGUAUUUUUCUUGGAUGUUAAUCCACUUUGUUAUGAUGGAAGUACGCCCAGUUUACACUCUUUUGCUUACUGGGUCUCUCUGUUUUUUUCUCAAGUUAGCCUCGCUGACCCUGUUAUUGCUGUUUUUGACGGAGAAGGGGGUAAUGAGCAUAGAAGAAAGUUGUUGCCUUCAUAUAAAGCACAUAGGAGAAAAUUUGUGUUCAAAUUCUCUAAAGAUCAUGUUUCAAGGUCUCAACUUGUGAUGGAUCUUCUUACCAAGUGCAAUGUCCCAGUUGUAAAAGUACUAGGGCAUGAAGCAGAUGAUGUUGUGGCUACACUUGUUGGACAAGUUUUACAAAGAGGAUACAAGGUGGUUGUUGCUUCUCCAGAUAAGGAUUUCAAGCAAUUGGUUUCUGAAGAUGUCCAAAUUGUUCUGCCUGUUACGGAGCUAAAACGAUGGUCUUUCUACACCAUAAAGCACUAUAUUGCUCAAUACAAUUGUGACCCAAAUUGUGAUUUGAGUUUUAGAUGUAUUAUGGGUGAUGAGGUUGAUGGUGUUCCUGGUAUACAAACCGUGGCUCCUGGAUUUGGUCGAAAGACUGCUUUGAAGCUUUUGAAAAAGCAUGGUUCAUUGGAAAAUUUACUUAAUGCAGCAGCAGUAAGAACUGUGGGCAAACAGUAUGCACAAGAUGCCCUCACAAAGCAUGCUGAUUAUCUGCUAAGAAACUAUGAGGUUCUGGCACUAAGGAGGGAUGUUGAUGUUCAUCUUCAAGAGGAAUGGUUGGUCGACAGAGAUAGAUCCAAGGAUAGUAUGACUUUAUCUAAUUUCAAACUGCUAGAAGGAAAGAAAAUGCCCUAUUAUCGAAAUAGAUCUCCUUCUUUGAAUGGUUAAGUUGCCAAAGUCCUUUGCAGAGGAGGAAGCUUCCGUCUGACAAUUGCAAUUUUACAUUUUACUAGAAGAGCGUAAAAUGGUGAGUAAUGCUAAAGGGAAUGUGUCCUUUAGCCGCAAAUCUGAUUUCUGUUAGUUAUAUAAUGUCUCCAGGGUGAUGAACAACAAGCUGAGAAAUGAAGAAUGUAUCUAUGUACUUGAUUGCUACCAUUUUCAAAGAGCUAUAGCCACGUAAUUUUUAGGAGAAGAAAUCGGUUGUUUGGUUACCGUGUCUGAGGUUCAGACUUCCAGUGUAUUUCGAGUUGGCUGUAAGGUACAACUUCCUCCAUUUUCUGCACCUGAGCUUUUUCUUUCUAGGGAAUGAAGGAUUCGAGAUUCUGGGCUUAUAGUGAAGAAGUAUAUAAAGCACCAUUCUUGUUUUCCAUAGUUAAUGACAAGCAGAUUAGAGCUGGGGGGGAUCUGAUUUUUCUGUGUAUGCUUUCCCAAGAUGCAGAACUGUGCAGCAACAUAGACAUUAAAUAGUAGCAAAAGGAUUAGUAAAUUUAAUUUGCUGAAGUGAAUUGUAACUUUAAGACUAUGAAGUAGUACUUACAAGAUGUAA